UUUCUUGAAUUUAUAGGCGGGAGUCAAACGUCAACAGUAGCUGCAAGAAAAUAGUUUUUACGGUGUGAUGUUUUGACCACUUAUAUCGUUAAUAAGCAUAAACUAAUAUCCGAAAACGUCUGCAAUGGAUACCAUGGACGAAGACGUAUCUGCCCGCGUGCUCCUGAAAGGUGUCCUUCACACGGAACUCCUGAAGACACCGAUCACCCGCAGCAUAUCCAGAUCCCUGCAGCAGGCGUCUGUGGUCACACGUAGUACUAGGACACGCCAGAGCAUCUCUGGGAUACCGUCACCUCAUGUGACCCUGCGGAAGAUGAUGAAGGACCGGCUGCGCGAGAGUGUCACCAGACCACCUGCCCAGCAGACAGAAGCGGCCACCUUAAAUAGGAAGGGUGUCUUGUCAGCCCCAGCAUCUCCUUUAUCCCUAAACGAUGACGUCACCCCCCGAGGUCUGCUGCGGGGAAUUUUACGCACGGAAACAGAAUCGUCCCCUUUGGUGCCAGAGCCGCCCGUGAGGCCAGCCGUCGGUCCCGCUGAGUCUAGCCUAUACAGUAACCGGCCCAGUACAGGGACGUCGGACCUGGACCUUCCAGAUCUUACCACUGUGAACCUCACAAUGGCUGUGAGGGGCAUUAGCAGGAAGCGGCCCCAAAGGAACAUUGACCUGUCCAUGUUCGAGAGGGGGCUUGAUCAGGGGGCCGAUGGAAUUGAGGAGCCGAAGUAUGACGAGGCACAUGACCAAUCCUCCUCGUCCCACGGAUCAGAUGGCCCCAGUGUGCUCUCCCUGAAGACCCCGCAUGCAGACCCCCAGACAGCGAGGAGGGGGCUAAGGAGAGCUGUCAAACGCAGGGCAGUGGACGUGGACGACUUUGAGCAGGGCGUUCAGAGUCGCCUCGCUCGUAAGCAGAAACCAGAUCUGGAGCACAGUGUGGCCAGUGCCCCAGGGAUGCUCAGUGAGACCAGGGGGCUGGAAAAGUUCACGCUUGGCAUCACUGACCUGUCCGUGUCGGACGCGUCGGACAUCAUCAUGAGCAGCACGGCGCUGUACCCCCACCCCGUCUCCAUGCCGACGGUGGAUGCUUGCUCAGUCGCUGACAAGGACACUGUCACUGCCACGCAGAUCCAGAGAGAUGUGGAGGGAGGCGCUGGGCCACUAGGGGAGGGAGAGCAGGGGGAGAAUCGUGGCUCCCUGUGGCUUAUGGCUGGUGAGGUAGAGGAGGAGCACAGGGACGACAGGGUGGCUGGAGAGGAAGAUGCCGAGGGAGUCCCUAGCUGUGAAGGUGACAUGGAGGAAGGCCUGAUGAGAGAGGAGGACCUGGGAGGGAAGGCCGGAGUUGAUGUCGAAGAUGCGGAGGUCAGGAAGGAGGCAGCAUUGCAAGGAGGCGGCGAGGAUGGGGUGGCUGAGAGGGUGGGGCUAGAUGGAUCUCAAAGGGAGAGAUCGGAUUCUCAGGAAGAGGAGGAGGGAGGGCCAGGUAAAGAGGCAGCACAGGAUGGGAAGAUGACUGAAUCUGAGGGGGAGGGGCUAGAUGGAUCUCACAGGGAGAGAUCGGAUUCUGAGGAAGAGGAGGAGGGAGGGCCAGGUAAAGAGGCAGCACAGGAUGGGAAGAUGGCUGAAUCUGAGGGGGAGGGGCUAGAUGGAUCUCACAGGGAGAGAUCGGAUUCUGAGGAAGAGGAGGAGGGAGGGCCAGUUAAGGAGGCAGCACGGGAUGGGAAGAUGGCUGAAUCUGAGGGGGAGGGGCUAGAUGGAUCUCACAGGGAGAGAUCGGAUUCUGAGGAAGAGGAGGAGGGAGGGCCAGUUAAGGAGGCAGCAUGGGAUGGGAAGAUGGCUGAAUCUGAGGGGGAAGAGGCGGCCUGUUUGGAUACCAGCCAAGGAGAUGAGCAGCAGAUGCUGGGGCCGGAGCAUGUGACACGCCAGAGAGCGCACCGCUCGGAAGGCGGGGCCAAGCUCCCGGAGGCAGCAAGGCGGGGGCGGGGCUUCAGGAGCCUCGGCGCCCCCGUGAGGCAGGCAGAUACAGAGUCUGACGGCACCGUGGAGGCGGCGGGGGCCAGUGUGGGCUGGCACAGCGGGCCAGAGGAGGCAAGCAGGAGCCAGACAUCUGAGGGCUCCCCCCCGGCCCAUUCCCCACACACGGAGGAGCCUCACAGCAGGAGGAGCUCGCGGAAGCCGGAGCAGUCUACGGCUGGGACAGCAGCUGUAACCCCGGGCUGCUCCAACUGGGAGAGCUACAACAUCCAGAACAAGGAGAACCUGAGUUCCAGUCAACAGUUGGAGUCUCCAGAGGCUGAAAUGCGCCCCCCCUCCCCAGCACUGAGUGAGCACAGCGCUGAUGAUGAUCUAGGAGAUGAGGACAGGGAGAACCAGCAGCAGAGCGGGGAGGAGAGUGAAGAAGAUGGCUCCCAGAGUGAAGAGCUGUCCAUGAAAACACCGGCCUUUGUCCGCCAGAAGAAGGCGACCCAAACGCCAGGGCCCGCUGUCACGCCUGGCUUCCUCAAACUGGUGAAUGCACAGAAGCCUUCCCAGGCCCCCACUGCCCAACCCAAGAGGAAGCGCCAGGCUGCGGCCACCAAGAAGGAGACGGGCUUGCCGAAGAGCUACCUGAUGUCAGUCUUCAAGCAUUUCGCCAAGACCAGCGUGUCCUCAGAUGUCUACCCGGUGCUGAAGGAAGUCAUAGACAAGUUUUUCAGUCGGCUGUCUGAGGACCUGGAGGCGUACGCCAGGCAUGCCAAGAGGAAGACCAUUGAGUUGGAGGACGUAGAGCUGCUCCUGCGGAGACAAGGGUUCGUGACAGACAGCAUGCCGUUAAACGUGCUCAUUGAGAGGUACCUCCCACAAGAGUACAGGAGGUUGCUGAUCCCCGUGGCAACCAGCGGGAACAAGGUCGUGCCCAAGCCGAGGAGGUGAAACGGCAUGGUUGUGCUGGUCCUGAUCCUCUUCACAUUCCAUUUCACAACUCUUCUGCUCCUGAGUGCCACCUGGCUGUCCCCCAGUGAAAAGGCAUCAGACUGGUUCAGUGAUGUAUUAAGCAAAGUAGUUCCAAAGGACAGCCACUUGCAUGUGAGCUCUUCACACAGAUGGAUAUUGACAAUAGUGGAUUCAGGAACAAUGGCUGCCCUUAGGGUCCUGUUCCUGAAGAUCUGUUAUAUAUUACACAAGUAAAGAUGCAGGGUUUUGUGUUAAUGCUAUAAAGUACUCUAAUAAAUAACAUUAAGUGCAA